AUGUCAUUCAACCUGGUAUUUUUUAACGGUGAUGUUCGGAGGGACAAAAAACAGGAAGCAAUGAUCAAAAGCCUAAACGAGCGGGACAACUUUCUUAACAGACUCCGCGAAAUGGAACAUAAACGGGAAAAGGAUGAGAAGCAAGAAAAGGCUGCGAGAAAAGUUCAAAAGUUUUGGAGAGGACAUCGAGUACAACACAAUCAACGUUUACUCUUUCGUGCAGAAUUUGAUGCAGUUUCAGAUAGACAGCGAGGUCUAGAGGAGACUAUCAAAAUGGCUCAGCUACUUGUCAAUUUCUAUGAAACGAAUAAAGAUGAAGAAAGAUUAGUGAUGACCCUAUCAGAACUUGUGAAAUUAAAAACCUCGGAUAAGGAAUUCGAGAAACGGAUUCGAGAGACGCAGCGCCUCCUUCUUGCACGCUGUUGUAUAAAAUUUCUGAAAAACGCCACAGAAAAUACAAUAUUCUUCCAUAUUUUCAGAUAUCUCGAAGAUUAUGUUACUUGUCAUUCUAAACUAUUCGAAGCUUCAUCUAAACUUGGACUUUUCAACGCAGAAUUCCAUCUUUUGGAAGCUCUCAUUGGAAAACCGACUGGUAAAACAGUAGAACGAGCAUCAUUGAAUCCAAGAAUUCUUCAAUUGCUUACCAGAAUAUUCGAGACAUUUGUUAAUCCAUCACGAUCCACUUCAGUGUCUGUAAAUGUCGCAAAUCGCUUGCUCAAAACAAUAUGUGUGAAUAUCACUGAUCUCAAUUUUUCGAACUACAUUCUUUAUUAUAUCAAAGAUCAUAUCAAGCCGACCUCGCCAAACUUCACAAAUUUAUUCGAAGCAAUGAAAUCCGUCGACAUUUUGAAUAAUUGGAAAGUUCGUCCAGAAAUCGCUGAAACUGCUUCUCUUCGUCUACAAUCGAUCUUCGUAUCUCAAAUUGUUCACGUCAGUAACACCCAAUCAGAAGAUGUGAAACAGUAUUUUAAUUCACUCGCAGUAUUUUUGGAACAUCAUUCUAAGAUAAUGAGAAGUUUGAAUGUGAAAGAAGAUUUGUCAGAAUUUGGAAGACUUCGAACAUCAGUUAAUAAUCAUUUGAAACAAUAUUGUGAAGAAAUGCUGAUCUCGAAUGAAUUCAGGCGGGCUGCAUGUAUAUAUGCUAAUUUACCCGGUGUUCAAGUCGAAACCAUAAUUUCACUACGAAAAUACUUCUCCCAGUUUUUGGAUCUUCUCGCUGCUUCCAACACCUUUGUGGAGGCUCUUUACGCUUUCAUCGCCCGACUUUGUCCAAAUGGAGAAUUUGAUCCAAUUGAUGCAAAAUCACCAAAAGUCAAUGCUCUCGAGUUAUUCUGUAAUUGCCUCAACAAACGUGUCUCAUCAGUUGCUGAUUCGGAUUUCGUUCCAACUGAUAUCUUUGUGGAUUUUGAUCAUACCGUAGAGUUUCUAAGAGAUGUCUCCAUCAAAUUAAUUCAUUUGAUGUUUCCAACAAUGGCAAGAGGAGAUCUUUAUUCAGGAAAUUUGAAGGAAAAGAUGUAUAAAGCUGAAACUGAUUGGAAAGAUGUUACCGAAUCAGUAUUUUCAAUUCUUGGAGCAAUUUAUCAAAAAGAUAUUCGGCUGAAAUAUUUCCCUGAAGAAUUUUGGACUAACCAUGGAAGAGAAGUUCUGAGUGGAAUCGGAGAACAUAGAAGAAUGCCUAGACGUCGUAUGCCAAAUGGAAGACUUCAAAUUGAAAGAACUAUGGACACUGAAUUUGUUGAACGUCUCGCUGCUAUCUACGAAAUGGAUAGUGAUUCUGAAAAUGAUGACGAAGACGAAGAUAAUAAUCUUCCUGCUGUUCUUCGUCGAGCAAUUUGUGUCAUGAAACAUAUUCCAUUCAUUGUACCAUUUAUGGAUAGAGUCAAAUUAUUUACUCGAUUGUUGAAUCAGGAUAAAGAGAAACAUUAUACAAGUACAUUUGGAAUGGGAUUCAAUGGACCUUCAGUUACAGUUAGAAGAGAUCAAGUUUAUAUGGAUGCGUUUGAAACUUUUGCGCCGAAAAUGCAAGGAGAUAAAGUGAAUGACCUCAAAUCAAUGGUCCGUGUGAAAAUGGUUAAUUGGGCAGGAAUGAACGAAUCAGGAAUCGAUGGCGGUGGAAUUUUCCGUGAAUUCCUAUCGGAACUUCUGAAAACUGCAUUCAAUGUCGAACGAGGAUUUUUCACAUUCACGGAGAGCAAACUUCUUUAUCCGAAUCCGACAGCUCCGUUCCUUCUGGGUGUCGACUGUCUAGCACAUUUCCAGUUUAUUGGACGAAUGAUUGGAAAACUUAUUUAUGAAAGACAGCUCCAAGAAGUCCGUUUCGCAGAAUUCUUUAUUGCUCAAAUUUUCGAAACUGAUAAGAACAAGGACGUGGAUUUACAGCAUAUGAAGAGCUUUGAUCCUAUAAUUUUCAAACAUUUGAAAGCAUUGCAAAAAAUGAAUAACCGAGAAUUGGACGAACUACAGCUAGACUUCAGUGUGGUCACAAGUGACAUGGGAUUGGUUAGAAAUGUGAACCUGAAACCAAACGGAUCGAAAUUUCGGGUUACUGUAGAGAAUGUGCACGAAUAUGUUCGUCUCUACGUCAAUUAUCAUUUGAAACAAAGGAUCGCCUCAAUGGUUGACGCCGUUCGGAAAGGAAUCAGUGAGAUCAUCAGUAUUGAAUGGAUGAGAAUGUUUGCACCACAUGAGCUUCAAAUUAUGAUAGCUGGAUACGAAGAAGUUUUCACAGCGAAAGAGCUCAGAAAGUUCUGCGAACUUCGUUUCGCUGCUGGAACACAAGACAUAAAUUACGAAGAAAUGUUCUGGGAUGUUAUCGAUAAACUAUCCAAUGAUGAUAAGAAGGCACUUUUGAAAUUUGUUACCGGUUGUUCUCGAGCUCCAGUUGAUGGCUUCAAAAGUAUUCAACCACGAAUGGGUGUUUUAGUGAUUCCAUCCUCCGACGACGAGUUGCCAACAAGUGCCACAUGUAUGAAUAUGCUCAGAAUUCCGAAAUAUUCAAAUCGCACAAAGCUGGAAGAGAAGCUUCGCUACGCCAUAAACUCGGGAGCCGGAUUUGAGUUGGCAUAAUUUUGAAAACGUCACAAGAAAAUCACUUCUCUGUAAACUAUGUAAAAUUUUUGUUAUUGCUAUCCGGAUGAAAUGAACUUAUUUUUUAUU